AACGGCGAUGCGCAGAGGAGUUCCAGCGGAAGGAGUACUCCGAUUCCUUCUCCCAACCUCUCCAGGCGGUGCCGCCGCCGGCGCGAUUUCUUUCGCGUCUUCUCCGAUUCCAACCCCAAUCCAAACUGAAUUCAAAACCUGCCAAGAACAGAGCGGGGGAGAUGCGGCAUAUAUACAGAUACAAAGAUAAAUAGAGGAGCAGAGAUCUGAGGCACGGAGCCGACGCGAGAUCUGCUGGAGGAAGAUGAUCUCGGGAGGAAGGAAGGUAUCGUCGUCUACUGGUACCAUGGAGACGCCGGCGCUGCAGAGCGAGCAGGAGCGGCCUCGGCAAACAACAGCCUCGAAUGGGUCUACUGCUCCAGUGGUGGAUGGAAUUCAGGGCACGACGCCCUCACCCAGUCGUCGAGUUGAUGGUGGCGAUUCCAAAGAUGGAGAAACAUCGGGAUGUUCAAUCCCGGACCUUCCUAUGGACAUCUGGCGCCAUAUACAUUCUUUAAUGCCAAUGGAUGCUGCUGCUCGUGCUGCUUGCCUUUCUCAUGCCUUUCUAAGUUCCUGGAGAUGUUAUCCCAAACUUACUCUGAAUAUGCAUGCGCUUUGCUAUAAGCCACGUGCUUUUGGAAAUUAUUUUUUUCCAACGUAUGAUGGUGGAAACUUAACCUGCAGAAUUGAUAGCAUCCUGAGAAAUCACUCAGGCAUUGGCUUGAAGAUACUGAGGCUUGAUUUAUAUGGUCAAUUCAGAUCUUUUCCUUAUAUCGAUAGUUGGCUCCAAGUUGCUGUUACACCAGGGAUUGAAGAGCUGACACUUAGGCUACAUGAAAAGUACAAGCUCCCAUGCUCAAUUUUAUCUGAUGGGGUUAGAAACUCAAUUCGGUCUCUUCAACUUGACUGUUGUGUCUUCCGCCCCACACCUGAACCUGGCCCGUUGAGAAACCUAACAAAACUGAGCCUGAUGCGUGUGCGUAUCACAGGGGAUGAAUUGGAGUGCCUUCUUUCCAACUCCCUUGCUUUGGAGCAUUUGGACCUCACUGGUUGCGACGAAAUAAUUAUCCUGAAGGUACCUUCUGUGCUGCAGCAGCUUUGUCAGGUGACAGUUAUUGUAUGUCGGAAUCUGCGAGUUAUAGAGAAUAAAGCACCAAGUAUCUCCAGUUUCACCCUUACUGGAGAAGUUUCAACACUCUCUCUUGGAGAAGCAUCGCAAAAGAUGAAGGUCUUGGGCUUGGACCAUGCGAAUGCCGUCCAUUAUGCUCGUGCUAAGCUUCCAGCCAUUAUGCCAAAUCUUGAGAGACUUUAUUUAUGUUGCAAUGAGGUGGAUACACCAAUGCUGCCCACCAAAUUCCUCAAUCUCAAGCACCUGUACAUUCAGACUAUUGCGCCGACCUUUUCCCCAUACCUCGAUUAUUUUUCUCUGGCUUCUUUCUUGGAUGCGUGUCCUUCCUUGGAGUCUUGGAACCUGGAGGUAUCUCAUCAGGAAGUUAUGGAGCAUGAAUCGAUUUUUGGAGGUUCUUCACAUUUGAGGCAGCUGCCUGAAUGCCGCCACCACCACCUCAAGAGUGUUGGGAUCAUAGGAUUCAGCUCUGCAAAGAGCUUGGUUGAGCUAACAUGUUACAUUGUCAAGAGCGCAGUCUCACUCGAGCGACUUACAUUGGACACCCUUCCUUUUGUUUCUAGGUGUUCUGGGGCAAACAAGCACGAAGAUUGCACUUCCAUUAGCAUUAGCAAGUCUCUGUUCGAGGAAGUCCCUAGAGGGGUGGCGGCUAUAAGAAAGUACAUUGAGGAUAAAGUCCCACCUACAGCUGAGCUAACUGUUCUGGAACUUUGCCCACGGUGUCAUACCACUAUUGUGGAUGAAGAUAGAGGGUAAAGUUAUCAUAAUAAUUGCGCCAUGUGCAAUUAGAUUGUUGGAAGAGUUAUUAUCUUAAAUGCACAAUGUAUGGUCACUUUAAUUUAGUUAUAGAUAUAGAUAACUGCAUGCUUUUGUUUCUUUAAUCCUAGCUCGGACCUGUAACUGUUUUGUUUUAUUGGUUCUAUAUCGUGUUUCAACUUUGGCUUAUAUAAAGAUGGUUGCCGUUUCUUCAGUUGAAGUA